AUGGACAGAUUAGUGAAAGCAGAUGUUAAGGGAAUCGAAUUAGUAUUCAUUAGAGGUCAGAAGAGCUCCACAACUUUCACUUUAACAAAUCUUAUGCACACCAUGUCUGUUGCCGUUUCUUUAUCCACAAAAACCCCAGCUUUCUUAUCUUUCAACAAGCCUCUUUCCAUCAUCCCUCCCCUUUCAUCUUCAUCCUACACUCUCCUCUCCCAGCCGUCCGAUCAACCUCCUUUGACCGACCCUCCCGAUGCCAUCACCGUCAAAACCACCAUGCUCACGGUGUUACUCAAAUCCGCUGCGGUUUCAGGGAAAGCCAAUCUGGUCCGUUCGUUAAUCGAUCGUGGUGGAGAUGUAAAUCAUAAGGACUCAAAUGGAAGAUCCUUGAUCUCCUUAGCUGUUGAAGCUGGGCAUCUUGAUGUGGUCAAUGUCUUGAUUUCCUCUGGUUGUGAAAUUGAUAACUCAGUUGACCAUGUUUUUCACUAUGCAGCAGCAAUAAACAGUGUGGAUUUGAUGGAUGCUUUGUUUCGAGCUUAUGGAAACACGGAUUCGAUAGAUUCAGUAGAUUUUCACGGUAGAACCCCAAUCCACAUAUCUGCAAUCCACGGAUACACCGAAGUGACUCGAUUUUGUUUAACAGUAGGUGCCAGCCCUGAUGUUUUAGAUAUUAACAAAUGCACCCCACUUCAUUUAGCUGCCAAGGGAGGUCAUUUAGACAUCGUGGAAUGCUUGUUAGAGGCAUCAAAUUACACCAAAUACGCAUUGAACAAACAAGGGAAGACCGCAUUUGCACUCGCCUUCGAAAAUGACUGUUCGAAUGUGUACGAUUCGCUGCAAUUAAGCGAAGCUUUGAGCCACGCCGCUUGGCCCGGGGAUGUGAAUGGGAUAAAGAGUUGCAUAGGUAAAGGGGCGAACGUGAAUGGGAGGGACCAAAAUGGGUCGAGGCCUCUACAUAGGGCGGCAUUCAAAGGGCAUGUUGAAGUUGCUUUGUUGUUGAUCGGACAAGGUGCUAAAGGUGAUUUGAAGAGUCUCAAAGGUAUGGGGAUGGGGGUUAGAUUGAAAUCCGAUGGUUCUAAGAAUCAUCGUUGUUAUCAGAGUUGUAUUGUUCAGCCUUGGCGUAAUGACGAGAGGGAACGAGCUUGA